UGGAGAUAUCAAAGAAUUAUUUGUUACCAUGCAUGUUGCGGUGCAAAAGGUGGUGGAGAUGUUUGGUCCUAUGCCAUUACCCUUGAGUUUAGUCUUCCGUCAUAGCUGAAGCAGCCUGUGUGACGCAUACGAUGUAAUAUAACACCAAUUUCCGGUCAGAUUUUCGCCUACAAAACAUUCGACGCACUCGCGUAAGAAAAUAGACUGCGAAAUAAUGGGUCUAGCCCGAGCAAGCGUGGUAGUAGCCUUUGUGGUUGUAUUCUUUGCACACUCGGCAUGGCCAGCGGGACUAUUCUCAAGUAUGGCCUCCGUUAGAAGCGACUUGAUGGCUUUCUCUAGAGGAUCAACGAGAACAGUGACAGUCACAAGGCCUGAGCUGAAGAAAGUCACCCCAGUCGUGAAUCCCGUCCGUCCUAAGAUAACUUCCACAAGCGACAGAAAGCUAAAAGUAUUUCCCAUGGUUGUGGGUCCUGUGGGACCUAAAGGUUCUAGAGGGAGACCUGGAGGUGGAGGCGGAUGGGGAUGGGGAUCGCGACCGCGACCGCGACCACCACCAGCACCCAAAACAAAACUAGUGUACGUCAAACAAAAGAAAACAUUUCCCUCUCGCACGACGCCUUCUAACAAGUUUCUAGAGGCUUUGAACACAAUCGAACGCGCAAUAGCAGAGGCGAACGCAGCAGCUAAAUCAGGCGUUGGACUUCAUUAUUCCGCGGCUAAACUCACCGCUAUUCGUGAUAAGAUCAAGCUUGCCGUCGAUAAGAGAGGCUUCCCUGUCGGUCGCGCACUUCUCGGCAAGGCCUUAUGGCUGAUUAAGCAUAACUCUACACCAAGGCGCGGGAAGCGAGCGGCGCAAGUAGACGCGUCGACUUACAUGUCUGAGCUGAAAGUCUCGAUGGGUCCUGCGAAAUUCGACGAGUUUAUGGCGGUUCAUGGUGAUGUGACGCUCAUGUUCGCCAUCGAUACCACUGGCAGUAUGUCGGCGGAGAUUGAAACAGCUAAGAAGAUUGCCGUGGACGUGAUCAACUACCCGCGAAACAACCCCGUGAAUUACAUACUGUCUCCCUUUAGCGACCCAGAUACCGGCCCUUUGAUCUUCCGUGACCUUUCCCAAGGCGCAAAAUUCGUGGACGAUAUCAACAAGCUGCGAGCUAAGGGCGGAGGCGACUGCGCGGAGCUUGCGUUCAAAGGCAUACUGGACGCCCUGAUGGAGGGUCCGGACUGGGGGUCCCCCAUGUACGUAUUUACAGACGCCCCGCCCAAAGACGCCACACCGGAUAACAUACAGAGUGUCAAAGCAAUGGCGGAAUAUCUCGGCGUUACCAUCAAUUUCUUCACUACAGGCAUGUGUAAUCAGGCGGGAAGUAACGCCAUCUCCCUUCCGUCCCCGGAUCGCUUCAAGGAAAUUGCUGAGGCGACUUCCGGUCAGCUGUUGACCCUCAAGAAUGUCUCCGAGCUCCAGCAGCUUGAUGCACUGACCGGAAGUGUCCUUGGCGGAUCUAAUAUCAUCAGUGCUGGCUCAAAUUUCGUAAACCGGAAGAAGCGAAGUCCUCAAAACGGAAGUUAUCGGUUCAAGGUGGACGACUCAGUGGAACAAAUGUCAGUCUGCAUAACUACUUCCGGCACCAAUAAAAACGGCAUCGAACUACAGGACCCUACAGGGAUAACCAUCACUUCCGGUAAGACGUCACUUUCCAAGGUAUCAGUCUAUCAGGUAAAAAACCCCAAGGCAGGGGCCUGGACCCUAGUGGUGCCGUCUAUCGCUGGCCACCAUGAAUACUUUGUCAAGUCCACGAGUGACACCAACAUAGACUUUGAGCAUUACUUCCUGUUUGAGAUGACGUCAAGAAAGCGCGGGAAAAUAGAGCGUGCCGAGCUACCUCUGUCGUACUCUCUGAAAGGUCGCUCCAUCAAACUAGUGAUAACAGUAGCAGGCGCAGAUAAAGUGAAUCGCGAGACCGUCACUCUAGAGCUGAUCAACAAGCAGGGGGGGCACGUCAGGGAUGUACCACUGAGGUCAGUAGACGCAGCCGGGGUGCGCUAUCUCGCCAUAUUCACCCCUCCCUCAACUUCCUACAAACUCAAACUCAAGGGAAGCACGAAAACGGGACGAGACUUUGAGCGCGUGUCAAGAAACAUCGUGGAACCCAAGUCAAUGCUGUUGCGUAUUCUGGACUCGGUGACUGAUUUCACCAUUUCGCCUGGACGUAGAACCAGCAUCAUGUUCCAAAUGUUCUCCGCGGCUCCCUCGAGGAAGACUAUUGAAGUGAGCGUGAUUGACAAGAAGAAAAUCGGAAGAGUUUCGCGAUCCACCCGAACCAUUACUCCAGGCCGCUCGAUCUUCAUCCCGAUUAGUUUUCUGGCUCCCCGCGGGACUCCUGUGGGAGAGACUAUCACGGCUGUGGUGACGGUUACCGUAGAGGGGACUGGGGAGAGGGUGUCGCAGGCUGUACAACUUAUCGUGAUGUAGGCAUGUCACGCAAGAUGACUAAUGAGAUUUCGGUAACACAAUGCGCGACAAGUCUAGUGAGCUACGGGGACUUUAGUGUCACGCAGUAUAUCGCCACAGACAAAACAGUUUACGGUACUACGUUAAUUGCUACGCUUGAAGGUUAAAAAAAUUACUGCAACUUUGAUGCUAAAUCGCUUUCUGACUUUUUUCAAACUAUCAGAGUUACAUUGGAAGCCAGCAUUUGUUCGCAGGAUAUUGAAAAUCUAUUGUUAAAAAUCUUAUAUUAAAAGUAGUUAGAAAUCGUUAUAUUAGGGAGGUGCUGUAGACAAAGCACGGUGAAAAAUUAGUAGCGGGGGUAGUUCAGCCUGUUCGGGAUUCCUGUGCUUGCCCUGGGCCAAAAGAGCCUGGGUCUAGGCCUUUCCAGAUUGUGCUCGGAACUAUUUUAGCGCAAUUUGGGUUUGGGAGAACUAUUUGGAUCAGAGAGCACUUUUUGGAUAAACAAGUCAACUUCUAGCUUUUUUAACCCAAGUUACUAGAUUUUGUUGUCUUAUAUAGACAUUUCUAGUUUCCUUAACUACAAAUAAUAUUAUCUCAACUAGGCUAAGACUGUAAGACUGGUGAUUUCGACAUUUUAAUGGGUAGCCUGUGCUUUGGUAACCACAAAUAUUGGUUACCCUGUGGAGUCCAUUACAAUAAUAGAAUGCCUUAUCUAGAAGAUCUGUUUGCCAUGUUUUCCUGUUUUACAUCUAUUGUUAUUAUUUCUCGCUAGGAGAUUGUUAUAAUUAAGGUCUGUUAUCAGGUUUGACACUAUUGACAUUGGUGAUGUUUUUAAAUGAACAAGUAGUAUCCAAGUAACAAAGGUAAACAAACACAAAUUUAUAAUACAGUUAGUUGUUAAACACUAAAGUGUGAUUUACCCGUUCAUGGACAACAAUAUGAGAUACUUUAAUGCAUGUAUUUAAUAAAAGCAAUAUUCUUUCUUUUAUUCAAAUUUUAAAUAAAACACAACUUAUCUCUAAA